GGCCAGGAAAGCCAGAAACCAAAAGGGUUCCAGCAAGGUCCAGUGGCUUUUUGUUCUUCUCCAAGCUUUUUUUGUGUUGUUGUUUUGCUGGUUCUAGGUUAAGUUAGGUAGGGUUCAAGUUAGCACAUGUCCCCAUAUUAUCUAUUAUAUGGGUACUGCAUGCAGAGAUGCAAGCAGGUACAGAUUACAGGUGGAGUUGCAGCUUAGAGCUCUGCUUCUUUCUGGCAGUGUGCUUUGUGCCUUGUGCCCGAGGUUGGUUUUGACGAGGUACCAUCACAUUUCAACGGAGAGCUCAGCACACAACUCAACCGAGCUCAUCUCAACGGAUCCCAACCUCUUUUGUGACAGUCCGGGUUCGGGUCUUUUCCUCGUCUCAGCCUUGGCCUUGAAGGUCAACCACUUCCUUCUUUGGCAGCAAAGCCAGAAUGUCCGACCUGCUGUACGGAGUCUCCUUCACAGAUCUGUCAUCCACGAACCUGAAUUCGAAGAGUGUCUCAAAUUCCUCCGCUCUUGUCCAGUGCCAAGCUGGUCAAGGCAAGACUUUGUCAAGACUAACUCCAGAGUACAGAAGUCUUACCUCACGCGGAUGACAAAGUCGAGUCAAGGCUUUUUCUUGUCUCGUACAUACUCCGUACAUACAUACAUAGUUCCGAUCUGCAAGCGAACCAAGCCUCCACUAUCUAAUCUGUGACCAAUUUGACAUCCAACUCCACCCAUUGAGAAUUGCCCUUUCCUCAUUCAAAUCAAAGCAACCCAACUAAGUUAUCAAACCCCAUCCCAUCCCAUCCCAUUCCCACCCCGUCCCCAUUCCAUCCUACCUCGUCGACUGAACCUAAACGUCGACCUGACUUGCGUCUAAUCCUCUGCUGUGAUUGACUGUGACCCGGCCUUCUUUUACUUCAUUUUACUUUUGCG